GGAAGAAAGCUGAUAUCCGGUAUAAACAAGGACAUGUGUUAAAUAACUCUCCUUGUCACUAUAUGCUCCUGUUUCUGACGUUAGACACCGCUACCUGUGUCACUUUGUUGGAGGAGAGAAACACUGCAAGGUGAUCCGUUUUUACUCUGUCAGAUUCUGUUCGUGAGCGGGUUCAUGGCGGUUCACGUCUCUAAAGUCCGCUCUCUGUACAAAAGGAUUCUGGUCCUUCAUCGGUUCCUGCCCAUUGACCUGCGAGCUCUCGGUGACCAGUAUGUGAAAGACGAGUUCAGGAGACACAAAGGUGCAACACCUGAGGAGGCCCAAAACUUCAUGACUGAGUGGGAGAACUACAAGGACACCAUGCAGACUCAGGUCCUGGAGACAGCACAGGACCGAAUGGGACCUGUCAAGUUCGGGACCGAACUGUCGGAGGGGAGUCUCGGCAACUUCCAGGAGGAACAGAUCGGCCAACUGUACGAACUCAUGCUGGAAUCCACCAAACCCAACAGACAGUUUGACAUCCAGGAGGACGGGAAGUGAAGCAGAGAAGCUUUUGGACAGAAACAGUAGGAGCUGUUUAAAUCAAACGACUAAUAUAUUACCUCAGACAGCUGCAGACGGGGAGAGCUGCUCAGGAAGAGGCUUUUAAGGAGAUUUGAUUGAAUUAAAGUGCUGUGUAUUAUCUCGUUGUUCCUUGUCUCUUUUACUGUGACAAUAAAAAGAAGUUUCUCAUGCUGCUCUGAAGGCGCAUUAAUGUGA